AUGAUGUCUCAACGGUAUUUCAAACUCCUUGUGGUCUUUUUGGGCCUCUUUGCAAUGAUUGCAUCCAUUGCCGAAGGGAGAGGUCGGCACCACAGUGGUAACGGUGGAAAUACCGUCCCAAAGCCUAAGCUACCCAUGUGUGGAAAUAGUAAAGCAAAAUGUACCAAAGGCGUACCUGGGUGUCCAGCUGGUCAACCAUCGUGUGGCGAAAAAGGCAAAUUCCAAAAGUGUAGCGUGGAAAUUAAAUGUCAAACCUGA